AGCAAUCCAGACAAACUGUCAUCUGCUCCAGAAACACCCAAGGCGGUGGAUCUCCUAUUCGGCGGAUCCAGCAAUCUACUUGCGAACGCUGUCUCGGAAGAAGCAGGGCCAUAUGCACUUUUGCCGCCCGAGAAGUUCGCUAUAAGUUGGUUGAGCUACCUUUUCCUAAGGUGGCUUGCGACUCCUUCGCCGACAAGCUUCUCCUUAAUGCCAGAGUUUUACCGGCCCACAGCGAGUCAGCUUCUCGUAGAACAUCCAAUCUGCAUUGACCUUAUCCUCUGGCCGUCAAUGAGGUCUCGACUGGCAACAAACUGGAAGGAUUAUGACCUGGAAGCGGUGUUUGGUCUCCUGGGGUGCACAUGUCGUCUACGCGGGGUGUUUAAUGGAAAGUUCAUCACUAGAGAGGCGGAUGGGGAACCACAGGUUGAUCAAUCUUUCUUGCGUCUCUUUACAAGAAAGAGCGCAUGGGGCUUGCUGGAGAAGUUCUGGGUCGAAUACCCCGAGUUGGUCCAAGACUUGGAU